AUGACUGAAGAAAAUGAACAGGAGCUUGUGAUAAACGAAGAAGUUAUACAACUAGACAGAGAAAAUGCUGAAGAAAGUUACAAUAAAUUAUGUUCUUUCAUAUCGAAAGGUGUAUCUGCGAUAAUUGACCUUUCUUGGACGCCAUGGGAAAUGGCUGAACAGCUAUCAGAAAGUACUGGAGUGCCAAUAAUCCAUACUUUAUUAGGUCCACAGCAACUUGUUUCAGCUUUGGACAGCUAUUUGGAUUCAAGGAACGCUACGGACGCAGCGUACCUGGUUGAGAGCGAAAGUGAUGCUGAUAAAAUUCUAUAUGAAGUCCUGGGCAGAUCUCACGUCCGUGUGUGGGUGCACGCGGGACUAACUAGAGAAUCAGCGAAAGCUUUGAGAAGCAUGCGUCCUGAACCAAAUUUUUACGUUAUCGUUGGAAACGAGGAAUUCGUAAUGACGACCUAUAAGAGAGCAGUUAAAGAAAAAUUGGUUAAACGCAAAUUUCGCUGGAAUAUAAUACUUACUGACUAUAAGACGGUCGAUCCGUCGAUGUUAGUAUUGCCAAGUUUCAUCCUGCAAUCGGAUUUUGGGGAGUGCUGUAAGUUGGCGGGAUUGAAAGAAGAUUGUAUUUGUCCUUCUAAUAUGCAGCGACAGCAAUUUCUUCUGAAAAAUAUCAUUCAAUAUACAAGUGAAUCAUUCUUAAAACUAGGUUCAGAUCACGUUGUUAACAUAGAUUGUGAGAAUCCACAAUACGAAAUGAAUGUCACUAGGGAUAAAUUGUAUCAAAUUUUUGAGGAAGAAAACGCUAAAAACGAUUCAUUAUUGUUUUGGGAUGAAGAAAGGUCCGGACUAUUUUUACGCUCCAAUUUUAUUUUAUCAACGUAUAAACCAGAAUCUGGUAUGGAGAGAGUCGCUUCGUGGUUGGCGAAUGAGAAAUACAAGCUUUUACCAGGAGUAGAACUGGAACCGUUGAGAAAUUUCUUUCGUAUCGGCACAUCUCCUGCUAUACCGUGGACAUUAGUGAAAUAUUCGGACUCUGGAGAACCAAUGGUGACAGAUGAAGGUCAGCCUGUAUAUGAAGGAUACUGCAUAGAGCUCAUCGAUAAGAUAGCUGAGGAAUUAGGAUUUGACUACGAAAUUGUGACACCGAAAGUUGGUACAUUUGGACAGAGACUUGCAAACGGGUCGUGGGAUGGAGUUAUAGGAGAUUUAAUGACUGGUGAAACAGAUAUAGCAGUCGCAGCUUUGACUAUGACAGCUGAGAGGGAGGAGGUUGUUGAUUUUGUGGCACCGUAUUUUGAACAAACUGGAAUACUUAUAGUUAUUCGUAAACCUAUACGUAAGACGUCACUAUUCAAGUUCAUGACGGUACUUCGUACGGAAGUGUGGCUCAGCAUCGUGGCAGCUCUUCUAUUAACCGGUUUCAUGAUUUGGUUGCUGGAGAAGUAUUCUCCUUAUUCCGCGAGGAAUAAUCCCGGAGCUUAUCCCUAUCCCACUAGAGAAUUCACACUGAAGGAGAGUUUUUGGUUUGCACUGACGUCUUUCACGCCACAAGGAGGCGGAGAAGCCCCAAAGGCGUUAUCAGGACGCACGCUAGUGGCUGCAUAUUGGCUAUUCGUAGUACUCAUGCUUGCUACUUUCACUGCUAAUUUGGCAGCUUUUCUUACUGUUGAGAGGAUGCAGACACCAGUCUCUUCGCUGGAGCAGCUUGCGAGACAGUCCCGCAUCAACUACACAGUGGUAGAGGGAUCUACGGUUCAUCAGUACUUCAUAAACAUGAAGUUUGCAGAAGACACGCUUUAUAGAGUGUGGAAGGAAAUAACUUUGAACGCAACAUCCGACCAGUCUCAGUACAGAGUAUGGGAUUAUCCAAUACGAGAGCAGUAUGGACAUAUUUUGCUGGCUAUAAAUGCAUCAGGUCCUGUGCCUGACGCUAAAACGGGAUUUCAGCAAGUCGACGAACAUACUGAGGCAGAUUUUGCGUUCAUACAUGAUUCAGCUGAAAUAAGAUAUGAAAUAACUCGCAACUGCAACCUAACGGAAGUGGGUGAGGUGUUCGCUGAGCAACCUUACGCUCUGGCAGUGGCAUCAGGAUCUAGGUUACAAGAAGAAUUAUCCAGAGCUUUAUUAGACCUGCAGAAAGAACGUUUCCUUGAACAGCUGUCAGCUAAGUAUUGGAACGAAUCUGCGAGGCAGGCUUGUCCAGAUUCUGACGAGUCAGAAGGCAUAACUUUGGAGAGUGGAGUUUUCAUAGCGACCUUAUUCGGCUUGGGUUUGGCAAUGAUAACGCUAGCUUGGGAAGUAUUUUAUUACAAGCGCAAAGAGAAAAACAAAACCAAGGACACAACGGUAAAGGCUAUAGAGGCUUUUCAGCCAAAAAAGACGAAAUUACCAAAGAAAAUGGUGGAAGGAGUGGCUAAGUUGAGGAAACGAAAGAAGUCUAUUAUUAAGCCCGUUACAAUUGGUGAUACUUUUAAGCCGGCCGAUGGCGGAGUGUCCUUCAUCAAUGUGUAUCCAAGAUAUAAUCCAUAG